AUGACGACAGUACCUGCACUCGUGCAAUCUGCUUCACGGGGCUCUAAGCAUGAGCUCUCAUAUGCAUCUCCUCUGGUCACCCAAAUGCGUGGAGAUUUACCCGACGGAGAAUCUCUCGAGAGGCAUGAUAGGAAGCGACGAAGUGAACAUUACAAUGAUGAGGAUGGAAAACUUGGGGCUGAUGGACGCAAGCGUCGCUCUUGGGGAAGUAGCAACGAUGAAGGCCGAUUAACCCAUGACAACCUAAAUAAUGAGGAUCUUCGCGUCGGGGGGCCAUAUUUGUGCUCCAUUCCUACAGCGAACCUACCCAUCCCAAAAGAUCAAGACAAAUUCCGGUUGACGUGCCUCGAAACGCAUGAAGGAUGGAUACUUGGGCAGAAAAUUCGCAACAUCAUCGCCAAGUACCAUCUCAACCAACGCGGUGUCAGUCUCGGGUUUGCUUUCUUCAAUAGGCAGUCUAUUAUCGACCCCGAGCCACAACCCUGCCUGACUCUUUACGUCCCGGCAAAGAGAGAGACAGUGGACGGCACUUGGCUCCAAUGCGUAAGAGAGCUACGAGAUCUCUUGAUUAGCAAUGACCUUGCUUGUUGCUCAGUAGAAAUUGUCCAUCCCAUGCUUUUCACGCCGAUGAAAUCUUAUCCUGUUCUCCAAAGAGACAAUGUAUUCUGGGAAUGGGAGCCUCUCCUGAAAGAACUUUUAGUUCAAUUGGACCUUAGUUCAAUUCGAUUUAUUGGAUGCUUCCGACGAGGCAGAGGCCCCACGGUCCUGGAUUGUGCACCAACCCUGUUAAUACUGGUCGAUCGCAGCCAAGACUGGACUGAAACUCGAGAGAAAGCCGUUUUAAUUUUGAAGAAGCGGCAUCUCCAAAUGGUGGCUGUUGAAAUUGUCAUGGAUAGGCCGGUGUAUCAGGCGGGCCGCAAAGGGAUCAGUACUGGCCUUCUCGAAGGACUUCUGAAGAAUAAUGACAAGACUAUGGCCACUGAGUCCAUUGCUUCAUCUCAAAGUCAUGACAGCAGCGGCACGCUGGGUUGUUUCCUGAAUCUCAAACACCCAUCCUCUGAUAAGUGGAGGACCUUUGCUUUGACUUGCUGGCAUGUGGUGGUCCCACCUCUAGCUGGUCUCUCCCACGGGGAUAAAAAGUUGAUCGAGGACUGGAACAAAAAUGGUAUCCUACCAACCAUCACCAACACAGAUAUUAACCGUCUACUUGGCGUCGAUCACCCGACUCGUCUUGCUUACAGAGAAGAAGCAUCAAUAAUAAAGAAGGUAAUUAAAGGAACCGAAAAUGAGGAGCAGUAUCAGAUGUGGAAACAACUCGAACGUGAUGAUGCGCUCGAAAAGCUCAGUACCAAACAUCGCCGGGGCUAUGAAAAGAUGAAGUCGAAUGUUAAUAAGGAAAAAGAAAAUCUUCAGGCUCUCCAUGACUGCUUCAAAAAUGGCCAUCAAUUGCUUGGACACGUUUUUUCUGCCUCUGGUUUCAAGCAUAAGAACUUUGUCCUUGGAAAAGAUGGUGAAAAUUAUCCUACCAAACUUGACUGGGCCCUUGUUCACUUAAGUCCUGCUCGCGAGCCAUCUAACCAGUUCUUCGACGGACACCCCCGUGUUAUCCCAGGGCGUUUCGCUCCGCGUUCGCUUAUACAAAGCAUAGAGAUGCAUGGGGAUAAAGUUUACAUGCACGGCUCUGAGAAUAGAAUUGGGCUUUACAAUGGACUUCGGGCUGCCAACAUUGAAGCCGAAGUGGAAGAGGGGGUUGUUAACACGGUCAUCACCAUUGAGCAUUCCAUUACUGGGCUUGAAGGAGAGGCUUUCUCUAUGCGAGGGGAUUCAGGCGCAAUGGUUAACUGCAAAAGAAGAACAGCAAUAGGCACUCAGAAUGUUAUCAUUGGGAUGGUUUAUGGGGGCUUUGAGAAGGAACGAAUCACCCGCUUCACUCGAGCGGACUUUUUGGUCGAUGACAUUAAGGAAGUGACUAAGGCGAGAGAUGUCAGGCUUUUCUGGGUUUGA